AACGGCUCGCUCUGUGAUCAGUGUAAUUUCAAACGUACAACUGAGAGGUUGGUAAACGGAAAAAAAACGGUAAAAAAAAAUUGCUAUUUAAAAAAUCAAAUACAACUUGCUGUUUUGUAAUGGUCUCAUGUAAAUAAAAAAACAAAUCACAAGAGAAAUUUUUGUCUAAGUAUUUGUGUAUGUGUAAUGCUCUCUUCUAUCAUAAAGCCGGUCUGUCAUAACAUUUAAUAGUGAAUCAAGUUGUUAUAGUUGUUGAUAUUUCAAAUUAACAUACAUACAUAAGUAAAUAAAAACAAAAAUAAAAAAAAUUAUUGUCGUGGUUCGAAUCGAGUUUAACAACAAUUGAAAUAUUAAAAAAAAAAACAAAGCAAUACACUAAUAAUAAUAACAAUAAAAUUAACAAUAACAACAAUCAGUAAAAGAUGAAGGAAUAUCAGCAAUUUGAAAAGUUCCAUUUUCAUUGGGCAGAUUACUUAGUAUUUGUAUCUAUGAUUAUUUUAUCAACCAGCACUGGUAUAUAUUAUGGAUAUUUCAGAAAAGAAAAAAUCGUCAAAGAAUUGCAACAAGAAGAUGUCGACAAUAAAGAUAAGAUUAAAACCGAUUUCGGUUCAACAAAAAUGAGUGAAUAUCUGUUGGGUUCAAGAAAAUUAAAAAUAUUUCCAGUUGCAAUGAGUUUGGUUGGUAGUUAUGUUUCUGGAGUGACUAUUUUGGGAACCGUAUCGGAAAUCUAUAAUUUUGGCACCCAAUACUGGCUGAUAAUUGUGUCUAUAUUUUGUAUGUCAAUUGUUGUUUCCAAAGUAUAUUUACCAGUUUUUGCAGCACUACGUGUGGGAUCUUCAUAUGAGUAUUUAGAGGUGCGUUUCAGUUCCGCUGUACGUAGUAUUGCCUCUAUAAUGUUUGUGAUGGAUGAGAUGUUUUUCUUGCCAAUUAUUUUAUAUGUACCUGCGAUAGCAUUUAAUCAAGUAACUGGUAUUAAUAUUCACAUUAUAAGUAGUGUGAUCUGUGUAAUUUGUGUAUUUUAUACACUAAUUGGAGGUAUCAAAGCUGUGGUUCAUACUGAUGCUUGGCAAAUUUUGGUCAUGUUUUUAUCAGUUUUGGUUGUAGUUAUAUUUGGUACUGUAUAUGCUCAUGGCUUUGGUAAUGUCUUCCAAAGUGCCUCUGAAGGUGGCCGCUUAAUAUUUGCCAAUAUUAACCCCUCGCCUUAUGAUCGCCAGACAUUGUGGGGUGUUUUGAUUGGUGGCUUCUUCUAUUGGACUUCUUUUAAUUCCGUUAAUCAGACAAUGGUCCAACGUUAUAUGUCAUUGCCAUCCUUGAAAAAGGCUCAAUGUUCUAUAGUUAUUUUUACCGUUGGUAUUGUGCUUUUCAUAUCUGUGUGUUGUUUCGCCGGCUUGUUGGUGUAUAAUUUCUAUAAAGAUUGCGAUCCCUUGUCUUCCGGCUUAAUCACGCAUGAUGAUCAACUUUUACCCGUUUAUGUAAUGCAAACUGUGGGAAAUCUACAUGGCAUACCUGGUCUGUUCAUAGCCGGUGUCUUUGGUGCUGCUCUUAGCUCGCUUUCGGUGGUUUUGAAUUCAACAGCUUUGGUUAUUUUGGAAGAUAUUGUUAAAGGCUGCUUCCACUUGAAAUUAUCCGAAAAGGCUUCCUCUAUAUUGGUAAAGAGUUGUAUUAUUGUUCUUGGAGGUGUGGCUGUAUCACUUGUUUUUGUCUUAGAACAAUUAAGCGGUAUAUUAAGUGUGGCCACUUCGGUGACUGCUAUAGCUGCUGGCACAACUUGUGGUAUAUUUACAUUGGGCAUGUUAGUGCCAUGGAGCAAUAAUAAAGGAGCUUUGGCUGGUGCCUUGGCAGGUGCUUUAAUGUCUGGCUGGAUUUCAUUUGGUUCACAAAUAGCCUUUGCCCAGGGUCAGGUGGUACCUGUUAAACUUCCCGUUUCUGUGUCGGAUUGUCCUAUUAGUGAUUUUCCAUUGUUUAGCAACAGUACUUCCAGUCCUGUAGACGAAUCAGAUGUCUUUCCUUUAUAUCGCCUGUCAUUCCAUUGGAUUAAUCCUAUUGGUGUACUUACUACCGUUAUAGUGGGCACAAUAGUUUCAUUCCUAACGGGUCCAACAGUAGUGAAGAAAUUAGAUGCUGAUGUCAUAUCGCCAGUGAUUCAUAGAUUUUUACCAAAAGAAUGUUUUCCACCAUCGAGUACUGACGGCGAUAUAACAAGAGAAAAUACCGCUCAAACAUUAACCUAUCUUUUAAGUGAUGGCAGCAGCAAGUUAACAGAUUUAGAUGGAAGUACAGACAAUAGUGAAAAAUAUUAAAGUGUUUAUAGGAAAAACUAUUAGAAAUACCUUGCCAAAUUUAGGGUUAAAAGCUAAUUGUAAAUUAUGUGAAUAUAAUCAACAUGUUAAUAUAUUAUUGGUCAUUUAAACAUUAAUUAUUCUAUAUGUAAGUAAUAAUAAUUUGUAUUUAUCUAAACACAUGCUUGUAUACAAACAAAUUUCUUAUUAUUUUUUUCAUUUCAAAAAGUGCAAUUGUACAGGUACAAUCCAAGCAUAUAAAUCGUACAUAAUUUAAAGCUUUUAUUUUUUAUUACCAAUCUUAUUAGAUUACAUACACAUAAAUUAUACUUAUUAUUUUGUUUAAUAAUUUAAGGCCCAUUAUUACAAUUUGGCAAUAACUAGAGGUAGGAUUUUAUAAUACAGAUAAAUCGUUUCUAAUUAUUAUAAACUUUAGUCAAAGAAUAUCGCUAAAGUACAAGGAUAUCUGCCUGCUUAUCUUCCAUUAUACAUAAAUUAACGUGAAACAAAUUAUCGGCAAUACAAAAUCCUACCUUUAGUUACUACGAAGUUUUAGUAAUGGACCUAAGUAAUUUUUCAUGUUAAAUAUUAUUUAAGUUUUACAAUAUAUUUAAAAUUAGCUGAGAAAAGAAAUGGCGUUUACUUAAUAACAUUUAAGACUAUUUUUAAUUUGUUUCUUGAACUGUUUAAUUGGAGUUUGCUAUUUUAUCCAUAAAUUCUAACAAAAAAUAUAUAUUCCCCUUCUGAAAAUAUGUCUAAAGGCAGCUGCAAUAAUAUCACGCCUUUUUUAAACUUUAAAAAUUUAUAACUUUUUAAUAAAAAGCAUUUAAUAGGGUAAUACAGGGAGUUAUCUUAACAUAAUAAUAAUUGACCUCAUUUCUGUAAAUUUAUAAUAAAAAGAUUUUUAAGAAACUAAAAAUGUGUUAAACUAUUACUAUGAGUAUAAUAUAAUUAAUAUUAUACUCAAUAUUAAUUAAUAUAAUUAAUAUUAAGUAAAAUUUUAAUUUAAAAAUUUCCGCAAUUUUUUUAAUUAUAAAUUGUUUGAAUCAUUUUUGUUUUUGUGAAAUGAACAGAUUUUAAAUAUUUCCAAAUUAUUUGAUCUUGUACUUAUUAUUUUAGUUAUAAUAUUAAGUUAAUUUCUAACGUUAAUGUUUAUUUCCUUUAAAUGUAAGACAUAAAACUAAAUAAAAAAAUAAGAAAACUAAGAAAAAAGUUUUGAAAAAUGUAAAUUUUAAUGGUAAUACCAAUCUUCCAUAAGGAGUUAAUUACAAUUUAAGGAUUUUCCGGGAAUGUGUACAUUUGUAUGAAACUUUGAACCAAUUCUAAUUAUUUUUCAACAAAGCAACCAUAAAAAGGUGCACAUCCACUCGGAGAUUCCCUUCAAAGAAAG